UGGGCGCACUUGACGCGGCGCGCCCGGAGCGCCAGUGACGUUGCGGCCAGGGAAGUUGGCCCCGCUGUUGCUGGGCUCGGCUGUUGGGCCGCCGAGGCUGGAUAUUUCGGACCCGGGUCGAGGCCGCAGCAGGGCUCCAGGGAAAUGUUACCAAGUACAUCAAUGGGUUCCUCUAUGCAGGGGAAUGGAGUCUUGAAUUCCAGGGAUGCAGCCAGACACACAGCUGGAGCAAAGCGGUACAAGUACCUGAGAAGGCUUUUUCGUUUCCGGCAGAUGGACUUUGAGUUCGCUGCCUGGCAGAUGCUCUACCUGUUCACUUCCCCACAGAGAGUUUACAGGAACUUUCAUUACCGGAAGCAGACGAAGGACCAGUGGGCCCGAGAUGACCCUGCUUUCUUGGUCUUACUAAGUAUCUGGCUCUGUGUGUCCACUAUAGGAUUUGGCUUUGUGCUGGACAUGGGGUUUUUUGAGACCAUAAAGCUGCUUCUUUGGGUUGUAUUCAUAGAUUGUGUUGGUGUUGGCCUUCUAAUAUCAACUUUAAUGUGGUUCAUCUCUAACAAGUACUUAGUGAAACGACAGAGCAGAGACUACGACGUGGAGUGGGGCUACGCCUUUGAUGUGCACCUGAAUGCUUUUUAUCCACUCCUGGUCAUCUUGCAUUUUAUCCAGCUCUUUUUCAUCAACCAUGUUAUCCUGACAGACACAUUUAUUGGAUAUUUAGUUGGAAAUACCUUGUGGUUGAUAGCAGUCGGCUAUUACAUUUAUGUGACCUUCCUAGGCUACAGUGCACUGCCAUUUUUGAAGAACACGGUAAUUCUUCUCUACCCAUUUGCACCUCUCAUUCUCCUGUACGGGCUGUCCCUGGCACUGGGGUGGAACUUCACCCACACCCUCUGUUCCUUCUACAAGUACAGAGUGAAGUGAAGAGAAAGGUGACAGUACGCAACCUUAACUAUGUCGGCAGUAUUGGUGCAGUGAUGACUUUUUGUAAAAUUUGUAAAUAACCUAUCUUUGUAGAUAUCUUAAAGGUGUAAAGUUUGCAGAUUUGAAGAAAUAUAUGUUAACACUAUUGUCAAGUACAUUCCUUAAAACUAAUUAAAUGUACAUUUCUGUAAUAAAUAUUUUUUAAACUGAA